UCAUGCGCACGUUUUAGUAAAUCGAGGGAACGAAUUAGUAAAUCGUGCGCACGAUUUAGCCUACUAUUUUUUUUAUGUCCGGGGCUCCGUAGUACGGUCCUUUACAUUUGCCAAAAAAAGAACUUAUUAAAAAACAAACAAACAGCCCAGCUCAGGUGAGAAACAGUAACGCAAAAGUAACGUAACGCAUUACAUAAAAAGUAACUAAGUAACGAAAUUAGUUACUUUUUUAGGGAGUAACGCAAUAUUGUAAUGCAUUACUUUUAAAAGUAACUUUCAACAACACUGAUUGUAACAAAAACCUGUGUAGAAUCCCACUUUCAUAGCCUUGAUCCAUAUAAAUCACAGUAAGCGUAAAAAUCCUGUGCAUACCACCCAGUUGGCAUACUGCUUUGAUGUAUUAACUGGAAAAGAGAGAGAGAGAGAGUAAGAGAGAGCAGCGCCAUAAAGGAAGUGUUCGCUUAGUCUGUGUGAUACCCAACACCACAGACUGUGAUCCUGCAGACAGACUGGCAAGUUGAGAAUACAGAGAGAUACUGUUCCCCAGUGUCUUAUUCAAGAGCUGUUGAACGCCUGCUGAACACUGCACCAGAGAGAACUCUCUAAACCUGCCAGAUUGCAGCUUAGACUGCCUGGAACGCCAGUUUUCUUCUUUUAUUCAUGCACGACUCGGACUUAUUAGAGUGCGGAAACAUAGAGGUCUUGCUGAUGUUGCUAAUACCACAAAUGCGUGACCAGAAAACAGAGGGCAGGAUGCCACAAGGAGAUAUUUAAGAACCCUUAGAAACACUGAAGGAAAACAUCUUUCACCUUCCAAAGCCGUUACACAAACUCUUGUACACUUUGAGUGUAUCAGCACAAGUUAAAGAAGAGAGUUGUAAUCAUCCUGUUCUCCAAACACCUCAACAUGUUUGCCCCAACAACAGCCCUGCCUCCUCCUCCACCCCUCUUAACAGGAAGCACUCUACCAGUGCCCAGGUCACCAUCCACAGGUCCCUACACAGAUCACGACCUACUGCGGCAGGAGUUAAACUCUCGGUUCCUGGCCUCCCAGACUGUCGAUCGAGGAGGAGCACUUGCUCCCCAGGCCUACCUGCGCACGGAGUUCCACCAGCACCAGCACACACACCAACACACACAUCAGCACACCUUCACUCCGUUCCCCCAUUCCAUCAUGCCCAGCCCAGCAGCACCACUGGUGCGUACCCCUGCCAGACAAUUUGACAAAUACCCCGCUAAAGUGGACACCUUUAAUAGACACAGUUUGGUCCCGUCCUAUCCAUCAGUAAUGACUGGAAUACCUCCUAUGGUUCCACCUGCUGGACCAUUCAGCUCUCUCCAGGGAGCUUUUCAACCCAAGGCUUCUAACCCAUUAGAUGUGGUGUCCAGACCAGGAUCAGUGCCACACCAACUUUUACAGAAGGACUCCAGACUUGUUGACCCCAUGUGUCCUAAACCAAAGAAACCUGGGAAGUGGUGUGCAAUGCAUGUUCACAUUGCAUGGCAGGUUUACCAUCAUCAGCAAAAAAUUAAGAAGCAGAUGCAGAUUGAGCCACAUAAAUUAGACUUUGGGUUUAAGCCUGAGUUUCUGAAUCGAUCAACUGGCUCGAGCUUCAUGGGAUUGCAGCCACGUGACUUACCCCGCCCCUCCACCAUCCUCUCUAAUGCAGGUCCCACACACCCUUCAGUUUCGCCCUAUGGAUCCUUACCGCAUACCCCAAACAAUCUCCACAGUCUAGUCCCCCAUCACGAGUCUCUUAAUAAGCCACUCACCUUUGGAGGCCUAAGUACACUGAGUUCAUCUGCAUUUGGAGGACUUGGAAACCCAUCAAUAACCCCAAAUGCAACACACGGUACUAAAGAUGGUAAAACUGUGCCAACUUCAAGUGGACCACUGGAGCCCUGGAACAGACUGCACCAGACACCUUCAUCCUUCCCUACGCCUCCUCUGUGUCCAAGGCCUUCUGAACCAGAGAGAGCUCCCUCUGUACCAGACAGAGCAGCGAUUAAAAAAGACUCCAUAAUCAACAAAGAUGAUCAGGAAAGGGAGCCAAAAGAAAAAUCAAAUGGAAGGAAUUUGUCCCCCAUCAGAAACAGUGCACUUGACAACAAACCAUCAACAGAGUCCUUCAAAGGUUCCUCUCCAGACGAGUCCAAGGAAGAGGAGCAGGCAAGAGAGAAAACACAAGCCCAAGAGCUCCCGCAACAGACCCGAGAAACCGAGGAGCAGAAACACAAAGAGAUCCGAAGUGACAAAAGAGAAGAGGAUGUCAAGAGCGAGCAGCAACCCGCUGAGGACAAGCAAGCAGGAAAGGAGAGUUCAUCACCCAAGCAACAGAGAGAGGAUCUCAAGCGGUCAAACAGCGAUACCCAACCCUGGGAGCCAGCUGAGAAGAAAAUUAGAGUCGAGUAUGAACCCCAUGCCAAGAGCAGCAAGGUGAGGGUCAAGGAGGAGAAGAGAGACGACCAGGACCACGAGGUUACAACUCACCAGAAGGUCUUGGAAAAACCAUGGCAGGGUCCCAGAGCCCCUGCUAUAAACCUUUCACCUCUUUCUACUCAUCCUUUGCCAAUAGGAAUCCCAGCUGGCCACCCUGGUCUCGACAGGGCUAGGCUGAUCUCACCUUUUCUUGGAAUGAGUCCAUUAGCUGGAGCCGAAAGGCUGCCUUACUCACCUCAGCAUUGGGAGACUAUGCGGAAUGUUUACCGGGGGUUAGACCUUCCUCGUAGAGACUCUUUGGGCAAGGACCUCUUAAUGAGAAACGACCCCCUGCAACGCACCAUGAUGGGGCACCCUGCUUACCCACGAGAGCCGUUUCUGCAGUCCAUGGCCCUGGAACAAAGGAGUCAGAUGGAGGAGCGUCAGCGACUGGCCCUCCUUAGAGAGGAGAGCGAGCGGGGUCGCCUACUGGCCAUGCACCAUGCCACACUAGACCCUCACUUACCGCCUCCAGGACUCCUCACAGCAGCUUACCCCAGCGCAGGGCUCCCACAUUACAGCUCGCUCAGUAGGACUCUACCUGCUGCAUAUGUACACACCCAACCACAUCCACUUUUCCCAAUGCUGCUGACAAGACCAGGGUCUCCAAGAAGGAUGACCCCUCUUAUGGACAGACCUGUUUCUCAUCCACACAGAGACACUGAGACUCGGUGAGCUGGACUGUAUCAGGAACUGACAGACUCGUGUAUAUCAAGCACUUCAUGUGAAACAAAGUGUAGUCAUGGAAUGUACAGUGGUGAAAGUUAUGAAAUGAAUUUUUUUGUCAAAGAAAAUAUUAAAAUGACUUUUCUGAGAAAAA